AUCAGAGGAAAGCAGAGAGCUUCUGGAAAGAUAUUUUAGGAUUGAAUUACAGAAUCAACCUAGAAAUGAAGAGCUUAAUACUCAUAUUGCUACUGGCAGUGACAUACUGUAAUGCUUUUCCCGCAGUUACAGAAAUUGACGAUCAGGCCAAAUUUGCUGAAGAAUACCUAAAGAAAUUCUACAAUCUUAAGACUGAUGGACUUAAACAGUCAAGAAAGAAGAGCAACAAUCCAUUUACUGAAAAAAUACGGGAAAUGCAGGAAUUCUUUGGCUUAGAGGUGACUGGAAAGUUGGACGAAGAUACCAUAGAAAUGAUGCAGCAGCCUAGAUGUGGCGUAACAGAUGUCGGUCAGUACAGUCUUUUCCCUGGCAACCCAUCAUGGAAGAAGAAGGAUGUGACAUACAGAAUUUUGAACUACACACCAGAUAUGACCCGAGCGGAAGUGGACAGAGCCAUUGCACAAGCAUUCAAGGUCUGGAGUGAUGUUACCCCUUUAAUCUUCACUAGAGUUUAUGAUGGAGCCUCCGACAUUGAAAUUUCAUUUGCAGCACAAGUUCACAAUGAUUUCUAUCCGUUUGAUGGACAACAUGGUACUUUGGCGCAUGCUUUUGCACCUGGGAAUGGAAUCGGUGGAGAUGCCCACUUUGAUGAAGAUGAAACAUGGACAAGUGGUUCUGUUGGAUACAACUUGUUCAUUGUGGCUGCUCAUGAAUUUGGACAUUCACUUGGACUUUCCCAUUCUAAUGAUCCAAGUGCUCUUAUGUACCCAACAUACCAUUAUCUGGACUCCAGUGAAUUCAGUCUUUCUCAAGAUGACAUCAGUGGAAUUCAAUCUCUUUAUGGAGCAGGAGAAAAACCUGUGGAACCUCAACCAACAACACCAACAAAUGUCCCGAAAAGAUGUCAGACAAAUAUAACUUUUGAUGCAGUGACCACUCUCCGAGGAGAAAUAUUGUUCUUCAAAGAAAAAACAUUUUGGCGCAAAAUUACACAGAACUCGGAAAUUGAGCAACAUUUGAUCACAACAUUCUGGCCGUCUCUCCCAUCUGGCAUUCAUGCUGCCUAUGAAAGGGUGGAGAAAGACCAAGUUCUUCUCUUUAAAGGAACUAAAUACUGGGCUCUGAGUGGAUUUGAUAUUUUGAAAGAUUUUCCCAAGAGUAUCUAUGAACUGGGAUUCCCACGGACUGUUAAGAGGAUUGACGCAGCUGUCCACAGUGAUCAUACCGGAAAGACAUACUUCUUUGUAGCUGAUAAGUAUUACAGUUAUGAUGAGAAGAACAAUAUAAUGGAUAAGGAUUCCCCUAAGAAAAUCAUUGAUGGAUUCCCUGGUAUUGGAAACAAAGUUCAAGCUGCCUUUCAAUCAAAGGGAUUUUUAUAUUUCUUUGCUGGACAACGUCAAUAUGAAUUCAACCCAAUCAAGAAGAGAGUAACACGUCUAUUGAAGAGCAACAGCUGGUUAAACUGUUGAACAGAAACUACACAAUAACCAGGAGAAAACAUUACAAAUACAAAUGAAAUACAAAAUAAAAAAAAUAAUAGCUUCAUCUUUUUUUACGUUCAUUUUUGUAUUAUCUAUUGUGUUCUGUAAUAUGUCUAUAUAAAUAUAUAUUUAAUUUAAAACUGUUAUUAUUUAAAUAUGUUUUCUAAAAUAAAAGUUAAUUUACUUUA